AUGCAAUUCUUGAAAUCACUUUCCAUUUUAGCUGUUGCCGCUCAAGCCAUGGCAGGCUUGUCCCAAUACCAAUUUUUUGCAAAAGCCGGUGAUAAAGAGUUGGACGGACACGGAUUAUACUACACCCAUGAAGGUGCCGCUAUCAAUUACUACUUCAUUUCCAACAGUGAUGAUCCCUCGGCAGCUUCAGUUGUUACAUACGAUGACGUAAACCAAGAGUUUUACUACCAGGUCAAUCCUCAAAUUAGAUUCGUUUUGAGCACUGUAGGUGAUAUUUUGCAAUUGGGUGCAGGUGAGCCAUUGAAGACUACAAUUGGGGAUGAUGGUAUUCUUUCAUUCAACGGAAGCCAAUACUUGGAUGCUAGAAAAGGUAUCAAUGAUCCAUAUGGAUACUCCGAGGACAACUUUGCUGUUACUGUCAAGAACGAUCACGGAGGUAUUCCUAUUAGCAUUGAAGCUAGAAAAUAUCAAUCAUCUUAA